UCUUUCACUAUGUUUUUGAACUGCUGUGAGUCACCAAACUGGAAUACAACUAUUAUAGUUAGCCAUAUAGGAACUCUGUUUCUCUCUGCUACAGAACUACAGUACCUCAGCCCGAGCUGGCUUAACCUCAAUCUUUGCAACAUUUUGUGUGGUUUUCUGCAAGACAAAAGGAUCUGUAUUUUUCUGCUUGUCUUCAAUCAAGAUGAAGUUGCUUCUAGUUGUUACUGCUUUUUUGGCUGUGACCAGCUGUGCCAGCAUCUCUCUUGGAGAUCUGGAGUUUCAUGCAUGGAAGCUCAAGUUUGAAAAGUCCUAUGACUCUCCAUCAGAGGAGGCUCAUCGGAAGCAGAUCUGGCUCAACAACCGUGAAUUUGUGCUGAUUCACAACAUAUUAGCAGACCAGGGUUUCAAGUCAUACCGCCUCGGUAUGACCUACUUUGCUGACAUGGAAAAUGAGGAAUACAAGCACCUGAUUUCCCAGGGCUGCCUUGGUUCCCUCAAUGUUUCCCUGCCUCACAAUGGUUCUGCGUUUCUCCGGCUACCUGAAGAUAUUGAUCUGCCCGACACUGUUGACUGGAGAGAAAAGGGAUAUGUCACUGAUGUCAAGGAUCAGAAGAAGUGUGGCUCCUGCUGGGCCUUCAGUGCAACUGGUGCACUGGAGGGUCAGCACUUCAGGAAGACAGGAAAAUUGGUGUCUCUGAGUGAACAGCAGUUGGUGGACUGCUCUCGCAGCUUUGGGAACCAUGGCUGCCAAGGAGGCUUGUCAUACCAGGCUUUUCACUACAUUAUAUUCAAUGGAGGAAUUGACACUGAGGCGUCCUACCCUUAUGAGGCUAGGGAUGGACUAUGCCGUUACAACCCCAAUGCUAUUGGUGCCAAAUGCACUGGCUAUGUUCAUGUGAGUUACUCUGAUGAAGCUGCACUGAAGUCUGCUGUGGCUACCUUUGGACCGAUAUCUGUGUCCAUUGAUGCUUCUCAUCGAUCGUUUCAACUCUACCAUUCAGGAUUGUAUGAUGAGCCGGCCUGCAGCAGCCUAGGUUUGGGCCAUGCUGUGCUGGUUGUGGGUUAUGGUACUUUGACUGGACACGACUACUGGCUGGUCAAGAACAGCUGGGGACUUGGAUGGGGAGAGAUGGGAUACAUUAAGAUGAGCAGGAACAAGUACAACCAGUGUGGGAUUGCCACUCGAGGAAUCUGCCCUCUGGUCUAAUGAGGUGGGAGUAAACUCAUCCUCAUUUUGUCCUUAUUUGACAAAUAAUUACUUAAAAUACCAUUUAAGCAUGUGUAAUUUCUGAUAUUCAAACGGUAUGUUUUUACAGUACACUACAGCUUACUGUAGGAUCGUGGUUAUGGGUAUUAGUUUUUUAGUUUUAUCUAAAUUAACUGAGUUAUAAGACAGUAUCUUUUUUAUGGUGUUAACCAGUCUCUCUUUUCCCAAAACUGCAAUUCACAUUGAGAUAUAAACAUUUACAUUUGCGUUUUUACUGUAGUGGUGGGUAUGACUUAAUAACCAUCUUGUGAUGUUACCAUUAGAACUAUUAAUCCGUUGAUCAAUCAGCUUUAUUCAGAAAGAGAACCUCAGCCCUUGUGGGAUGCAUUUCUAUCCAGUUUUCUGCAGAUUUUUGUGUUUAAUCCAGAAUAAAGCAGAUUUACUGAAUAUCUGCUGGCUUUUUCUGUAGAGUUGUCAGUGACAGUUUUGUUUCAUUUAGAAAUGUUUAAAUACUUAUUAAUACCAAUGAAAUGAUAUUGCUGAUUAAUGCACCUUUUGCUGUUCCUUCCUUAUCAGGUGUGUGAGUGGGUGGAUUUACUAUGUUAACAAUAUUAAAUCAUUGGUAAAAUGUAUCAGUCAAAUCAAAUUAUGUACUGCUGAUACAUUUCUCUAAAAUCCAUGUGGGUUUUCAACAUUUAUUUGGUAUUUCAUGGAUUCCAAUUGAGUUCCCAUUGGCUCAACUUUGAGAGUCACCAAUAUGUAUAAACAGCAUAUCAUUACACUUAAGCAAAUUAAUUACAUGCUGUUUGUUGUGGAAAAUAAAACCAAACUGAUUUUCUGGGAUUUAUUGAAAGAAUCCAUCACUCCAGCACAAACAAGGCUCAUACCAUGAUUUUAAGUUGCUUUAAGUUGUAAAUCAGUCAGAUUUGACCCAAACACGACAGGAAGGUUAAAGCUUCUGUUAAAAUGUUCAGCAAUGCUUGAUUUAAUCUUGCUUGAUGUUGAGAAAUGUGUGAUAUAUCAUGCCAUUAACCAUUGAAAAUGUUUAUUAAAAAACUCCUUACCUUCACCUGUCCCUCCCUCAGAAUAUCCUCAAGCGCUGAUGCAAUAGCUGAUCCUGUCUGUUUUCAGAGGGAGAAACAUUUCGUCGCUCAUCCAAGUGACUUCUUGGAAAAGUCACUAUAACAAGUAUGAUUCAAUGCAGAGAGGUCUAUUAACACAUAGUGAGUGAAAAAGGUGACUGAAAAGCAAUGCAUCAUGGGAGUCCCCCAGCAGCCUACCCCUAUUGCAGCAUUACUAAGGAAGGAUUCAGGGUCACCUGAUCCAUCCCUAGCUUUAUGAUUUAGCAAAAAGGAAAGUUUUAAGCCCAAUCUUUAAAGUAGAGACAGUGUCUGUGUCCCGAGUCCAAACUGGAAGCUCGUUCCACAGAAGAGUGGCCUAGGAAUAUUCAGACCUCAGUCAGGCGGAAGAAAUGUUUCUCCUUUAUAAAGUUUUAUUACACAAAAUUAAACGGUUAUAAUUUCAGCACCGUGGAGAGUGCACAUAAAUUUCACUGUAUUUACUGUGCUCUAAUGCAAGACUGUUUUUAGUGGUGGACACAAAUUCAACUGCAUGUACUUUCACACUGCAUGAGAUAAAGAUUACAGACAGACACAUGUACACACGCGAUUUUUCUUGAUUUAGUAAAUCUGGGUCUUAAUGGUGUAACCACUUAUUUCAGUUGAGACCUGCUGAAUAAAACUUUCAUUUUGCAAACUA